AUUUUACUGCUACGCAUAGCCCGAAUUUAUCAAUAAGCUACCUAUAAUUUUGUAGGUUAAUACAAAUUAUCGGUAAAUAAUAAUAGGAAGCAGAGAAAUAUAAAAACUGCACCUACCCUACCAAUUAAGUUAAAGUAGGUUAAGAAACCGGUACAUCAUACAUCACGCGAUGUGCAAUUAAGUCAAGAUAGAUCAGUAUCUUAUUUUAACUAAUAUUGACACAAAAAAUAACAAUAAUUAAUUACAUACGUUUAGAAUCCCAGGGUUGCGUUGCAGUUAAUUUUUAAAAGAAUUUUCGGUUUUUGAAUUCGUUUUUUUUAAUUAAAAGUGAAAUGUCUACAAUAAAGCUUUACUAUUUUCCUGCAAGUGGUGCAGCCAGAAUUGCAUUGAUGGCUGCAAGAUUAGUUGGAGUUCCUAUACAAUUAGAAAUUGUGGAUUUAAUGAAGAAAGAGCAAUAUAGUGAGGCCUAUUUAAAGAUAAAUCCACAACACUGUGUACCCACUCUUGAUGAUGAUGGUUUUAUACUUUUGGAGAGUCGGGCAAUAGCAUGUUAUUUAGCGGAAAAAUAUGGAACUGAUGACACAAUUUACCCUAAAGACCCUAAAAAGCGAGCAAUUGUAAAUCAGCGACUGUAUUUUGAUUGUUCGAAUUUAGUUGUUAAGAUGAGAGCUAUUUGUUAUCCUAUAAUAUACAAAGGUGAAACAGAAAUAAAAGAGAACCUGCGAGAUGAUUUUAACGAAUCAUUGACAAUUUUGGACAAGUAUUUGGAGAACAAUAAAUGGGUUGCCGGUGAACAUGUAACUAUUGCGGACACAACCAUUUAUGCCUCUAUGUCCGGAAUAUUUGCAAUAGGUUGGGAUUUAUCCACUUUUCCAAAUAUCCAACGCUGGCUCAAAGACUGUUCUAGUUUGCCUGGUUAUGAAGAAAAUGAAAAAGGCGCUAAAAUGUUUGCAGAAGCUGUAAAGAAGAAUCUUAAACAAUAAUGUACAUACAUUAUAAAUUUUAUGAAUAAAAUUAUGUUAUGGUUCUAUAAAAAAAGAGUUCACGGAAGAAAACAGUUACAGCUAAUUAAGAAAGAAAUGUUAGUUUUUAUACAAGUAUUGUAGUUUAGAAUAAUAUUUCAAGCA